GAACGCGCGUCGGCGCAGGCGCCUGUGAGCAGGUGCAAGAUGGCGGAAGGCGGUGGCGCCGAUCCGGGGGAACAGGAGAGGUCUUCUGGGCCGCGGCCCCCGAGCGCGCGGGAUCUGCAGUUGGCCUUGGCGGAAUUAUAUGAAGAUGAAGUGAAAUGCAAAUCUUCCAAAUCUGAUAGACCUAACGCUGCAGUCUUUAAAAGCCCACGAACACCACCUCAGAGGUUCUAUUCAAGUGAACGUGAAUACAGUGGAUUACAUAUAGUUCAACCUUCACCUGGGAAGAUUGUGAGUGAACUUUUCAAAGAGGCAAGAGAACAUGGGGCUGUCCCUCUGAAUGAAGCCACAAGAGCUUCAGGUGAUAACAAAUCUAAGUCAUUUACAGGUGGAGGAUAUAGAUUGGGCAAUUCCUUUUGUAAGCGGUCUGAAUACAUCUAUGGAGAAAACCAACUGCAAGAUGUUCAGAUUUUGCUUAAACUGUGGAGCAAUGGUUUCAGUUUAGAUGAUGGAGAACUGAGACCUUAUCACGACCCACCAAAUGCUCAAUUUCUGGAGUCUGUUAAAAAAGGAGAGAUUCCCCUGGAGCUUCAGCGGCUGGUUCACGGUGGCCACGUGAAUUUGGAUAUGGAGGACCGUCGGGAUCAAGAAUACAUAAAACCUAGACUGAGGUUCAAGGCUUUCAGUGGAGAAGGACAAAAACUUGGAAGCCUUACACCUGAAAUAGUCAGUACCCCUUCGUCCCCUGAAGAGGAGGAUAAGUCCAUACUUAACGCCGUUGUUCUCAUUGAUGAUUCAGUGCCAACGACAAAAAUUCAGAUCAGAUUAGCAGAUGGGAGUCGUUUGAUACAAAGAUUCAAUAGUACACACAGGAUCCUGGAUGUCCGGGACUUUAUUAUACAGUCCCGUCCUGAAUUUGCAACUCUUGACUUUAUUCUUGUGACUUCAUUUCCAAACAAAGAGCUAACAGAUGAAAGCCUGACGCUACAAGAAGCAGAUAUUCUUAAUACUGUGAUACUCCAGCAGCUAAAAUAACAUUGCUCCUACCCAUGCAAUAGCAUGUAGGAAAGAUAAUGUGCCAUAAUAAUAAGGAAAAUGCGUAUAGCAUUAAGAAAGCAAACUAUUUUUAUUAUUUAUACAGAUAAAUUUUGGGUUUAUUCUCAUUCUGUCUUCCAGCCUUAGAAUAGAUGAAUUUGGACGAGGAAUAGAUUUUGAGAGAAAUAUGUUUGAGGUUUUAGUUGCAGGGCUGGCUUAUGUUGAUAGCCUGUAAAUGUCCAGGCAAACCAAUUUGUUACAUGCUCUGUAUUAAUGUAACAACAUUUGUUUGCAGAGAAAAUGAACAAAAUCCCAUUUUGAUAAAUGCGUUUGGUAAAAUUUGCACUAAAGUUGCUGCAUUGAGCAACAGCCAUCAAGAAAUCUUGUGAUCAAAUAGUUUGAAAUUUUUUCUGUGUCAUGUACUGAAAAGUAUGUGUUCUGAUUUUGAAAUACGUUGAUCAUAUAAUUAUUCCUCCUAUUAAGAUUGUACGCAUCCUUUUUACUGAUUUAGCUAUAUUACUGUGUCAAAAAAUACAGUUUGGCCUUGUAUUUUGCAGAACUAUGACCAUCAUAAACCAGAAGCAAAGACAUAAAGGCCAGCAGUUCUUGAGAAGAUCUGUUAAACAGCACUUUAGAGUAAUUACAAUCCCUCCCAGAGCCUGUCUUGAUCUCAUUCAUUUAUUUAUUCAACACAUUUUUCUAGGGGACCCACUAUAUAUACUGAACACUGUUCUAAGUGUUCAACCCAGAAUGUAUUCUACUCCAGGGCACAAUGAGUGUACAAAUUCAGAAAUGUAAAUUCCGUCAGCCAGACUGGAUCUAAAGAACUACCAGCAUAAAUAUUUGCAUUUCUGCCAAAGCCAGCUACUUCCCGAAUGAGGUAGGCUACAUCAGGAAUGAUAGAAAAGCUUUUUCUUCUUCCCAGAUACCAUUUCAUCUUUGGUCACCAGUCCUGGUUCGUUUUCUGUGGCUGCUGUAACAAAUGACUACAAACUUAGUGGCUUCAAAUAGCACAGAUUUAUGAUCUUGCAUUCUGUAGGUUGGACGUCCACCAUGGGUCUCACUGGCUAAAAUAAGGCAUUGACAAGGCUGUGUUCCUUUUGAGAGGCUCUAAAGGGGAACCUUUUCCUUAUGUUCCAGCUUCUAGAGGCCACCUGCCUUCCUUGGCCUAUGGCCCCCUUUUUACAUCUUCAGAGCCAGGAAUACUGCCUCUCUGACCCUUCUCUGUCGUUAAUUACAUCUCGUUAACAACAACCGGGAAGGGUUCUCUGCUUUUAAGGACUCAUGUGAUUGGAUUGGGCCCACCAGAUAAUUCCGGAUUAUCUCCCCCCUUAUAAGGUCUGUGGUAACCUUAGCCGCAUCUUUAAAGAGUCCCUUUUCCCACACGAAGUGGCACAUCACAGCUUCCCUCUGGAGGCUCCAGGGGCGAGUCUGUUCUCUGCCUCUUCCGAGGCUGCUGGCAUCCCUCACUCUGGCCGCGUCCCGCCAAUGCCUGCUUCUGUCCUUCGUCCUUUACUACCGACUUUAAUUUCUCCUCUUUUCCUCUUACAAGGACCCUUGUGACUACCUUUGGUUUACCUAGCGUAAUUACCAGAAAAGUCUCAUCUCGAGUUGCUUAACUUAACCACAUCUG